AUGGAGUGGAAAUCCAGUCCGUCUAUUCUUACGCCCACUCGGCAACCCAAAGUCACAAAGAUUGCAUCUGAGGAGUUUCUCAACAUGGAUUACCCGCAAGAAAGGUUUGUUUCGACAACAUUCGCGCCAGGGUCUUUCUGGGCGCGUCGCCGAGAAGUCGUCCGUAUUCAAACACUACGGCAUCAGCUUCACAUGCUUAAAGAGACAGGGCGUUACGACGCGUUCAAACUGAAAUGGCAUCCAAUCUAUGCAAAGCCUCCCACAGUUUGGCCAGUUCCCGAUCAUCAGUUCUGGGAUUCCGAUGUGGCGAAGUGGAUUGAGGGGGCUUGUUACCUGUUGAUGGACCACUUCGAUCCGGAGAUUGAUGUCGCCGUGAAAGAAUUAGUCCAGAUGAUUCGUGAUGCCCAGCACCCCGAUGGCUACCUUAAUAUUCAUUACUCAGUGGUUGAGCCAGGCAAACGUUUUACUAAUUUGCGAGACAUGCAUGAACUGUAUAAUCUCUUGGCGACUACUUUUGGUGGCAGGAAAGGCCAGAUCCCUGGUUACCCCGGACAUCCUGAGAUCGAAUUGGCUCUUUUGCGCCUGUACAAGGUGACUGCAAACCCCGAACAUCUUCAAUUGGCUCGCUUCUUCAUUGAAGAGAGAGGAAACCCGAAUGGCGGCGAAGAAAAACGCCAUUAUUACGAUGUCGAAGCGGAAGCGAGAGGUGAAAAAGACCAUGAGAUGCCCUUGCCUUUCCCCGCCCCCAGAAGCUACUGGUAUCAGCAAGCGCAGGUACCGAUCGUUGAGCAAGAUACGAUCGAAGGGCAUUCAGUUCGAGCCAUGUAUUUGCUCACAGCAGUUGCGGACCUAGUGCAAAUCUCCGGGCCUAACAGUGAGGUGGGGGCUAAAUUCUUACCUGCCUUGCAUCUUCUUUGGUCCAACAUGGUGGAAAAGAAGAUGUACGUCACAGGGGGUAUUGGUGCCAUAAAGAAAUGGGAGGGAUUUGGGGUUGACUAUUUCUUACCGCACGGCACUGAUGAGGGCGGUUGCUACUCAGAGACUUGUGCGGCAAUAGGAGUAAUGAUGCUCGCUGAGCGGUUAUUGCAGUUUGAGCUCAACAGCCAGUAUUCGGAUAUCAUGGAGCUUUGUAUCUAUAAUGCGGUUCUGACCGGCAUGAACCUGGAUGGGAAGGCAUUCACUUAUGUCAAUCAACUGGCGUCCUCGGAUGAAGAUCUUUCACAGAGACAUGAAUGGUUCGAAUGUGCCUGUUGCCCACCAAAUGUCACCCGCACUUUGGGAUUUAUGGGAGGCUACCUGUGGAAUCAUACAAUCCAAGGUCAGUCAGUUGUUUGUAAUGUACACCUGUACACCUCGGCUACAUUGGAUAUCAAAGUCUCCGAAUCGGCGGUGAGGGUUGUGCAAAAAACAAAUUGGCCAUGGGCUGGUGAUGUGGAUUUCGCGGUCGAAGUUGAAGGUCCUCUGGUAAAUGUCGAGCUACGACUAAGGAUCCCUGGAUGGGCCAAGACAUGGGAGAUCAACCCCCAACCCGCCAAAAUGGAUGUCCGAGACGGGUACCUCUUCUUGGAUUCGAAAUGGGUGCACAAACAUUCGCGAUUCCGACUUUCCUGUCCUAUGAACCCGCGCGUGGCUUAUCCGAAUCCUCUCGCGAUGCAAUCCGUGGCAUAUAUCAUGAGGGGCCCCAUCGUAUACUGCGUAGAAGAUGUUGAUCACCCUGGAGAGCAGCAUCAUUUCAAGGUAGGAGCUAACAAUCCAGUCCUAUUUUCCAUGGAGAAUCAUGCUGAGAGUGUCAAAACAGAGAACUAUUUUCAAUCCAAGUGCGUCUUUGCGAGAAGAAUCACGGUCUGA